UUUUUUUUAGAAGAAAGCCGGUCUGGGGUGCCUGACACGAAGAACAGCUUCUAGUCAGAUUACGAUCAACCACACAGCAUUUUUGCCGACAGCCAUGGCCAACAGCGACCCGAUUCCCCUUGUGCCGACGCUGUCAAACGUCUACUCUGCACCUCGUCUGGCCAAGGAGGGCCAGCGAUGGGACAGCCUGACCAAGGACUUUGAGUCCAGGUUUGGCGCGGCCCCCCACUUUAUCGCCCGCGCCCCCGGACGGGUCAACAUCAUUGGCGAGCACAUUGAUCACAUGGGCUUCUCGUGCCUGCCCGCGGCCCUCGAGAUGGACAUUCUCAUGGCUGUUCGCGUGCAGUCGGAUCCAGACCAGAACAAGAGGGUCCACUUUGACCUUCAAAACACUGAGAAGCGCUUCGAGGCGACGAGAUUCGAGAGCGAUGUCAAGAGCACCGACGAGGUGCAGCUAAUCCAUGAGGGACCAAGCCGAUGGGCAAACUACUUUAAGGUCGCCUUCAAGGGCCUCCAUCCCCACCUUCCUCCCGCUGUCCUGUCCGGCUCGACGACGCCGACGAAGAUCGAGGUGCUCAUCGAUGGUACGAUUCCUCCCGAGUCGAGCCUGAGCUCGAGUGCAGCCAUGACCAGCUGCAGCUCCAUUGUCAUUCUCGAGGCAUUCAAAGCGAGAGAGCUGAUCAGCAGGAGAGAGAUGGCAGAGGUCGCAAUCGAGAGCGAGCGGCUAGUCGGCGUGGCAUCAGGAGGAAUGGACCAAGCGGCGUCCAUCUUUGGUGUCCCAGGGCAUGCGCUGCACAUUGCCUUUGUGCCCACAUUGACCGUUCAACCGACGAAGCUGCCGUCUAGCUCGCCGGCUCAUGCAUUUGUUGUCGCCAACACCCUCGUCGUGUCCGACAAGAAAGUCAUGGGCCCCGUCCAGUACAACCUUCGCGUCGCCGAGUUGUGGAUGGCCUGUCGUGCCCUCUGCGUCCACCUGGACCUGCCGAAGGACGACAGCACAAAGACACUCAAGAAGCUCAUGGAGACAUACUUUAGCAAGCACCCACUGACGAGCGAUCAGGAGAGCGAGACCAGAGAAAGAUAUGGCGAAGAGGCGGCAAAAAUCAAGGUGCUGGGUGCCUUGGCUGGGGACUUCUUGCCAAAGAAGGGCUUGACGAGGCAAGAGGUCGAGGAGCUGACAGGCUUCAAGGGAGAUGCAUUUGACAAGGAGUUUCUCUCGCAAUUCCCAGUGCGGGCGGAGACGUUCAAGCUGCACGCCAGGACAAAGCACGUCUUUGCCGAGGCUUUCCGAGUCCUCGUCUUCAAGUCUCUCUGCACCUCGAGCUCGUCUCCCGACGUCUACACGCAGCUCGGCACACUCCUCGACGAGUCCCAAGCGUCGUUGUUGCACGACUACGAAAACGGCUGCGUGGAGCUCGAAGAGGUCGUGUCCAUUGCCAAGAGCGCCGGUGCGCUGGGCAGCCGAGCCACGGGUGCUGGCUGGGGUGGGAGUACCGUCAGUCUCGUGCGCGAGGACAAGGUCAAGGACGUCCUCGAGGCACUCAAGGUCGGCUACUACAAGAAGAGGUUCCCACAGAUGAGCGACGAAAGGCUCGACGAAGCACUCCUCGUCAGCCAGCCCGCGGGCGGUGCUUGCGUCUACAAGGUCGAUUAAAUGGGAGCAGACAGACAGUGGGAAGGGGAAACAUUGCAGGAGGGCAAUAGAGUACAAACGAACGCUGAAAUCCAUGAGAAAAAGGCAUCAUUGACUAGUCUGCGAUUGCCGAUGGCUGAG